GAAUGCAUUUUUACGAUGUUAAUUAAUAUCAAUAUCGGUUUUUGAAAGGUAAUUAAAGUUAACUUUAGUCAAGCACUAUUUUUCACCAAGCAGCGAAAUGUCAAGUUGUCAACAAAACGAAAAUAUUCGAUUGUACGUAUUGUUUUUCGCAGUAAGCGAAUAACUAUUAUAUUUAUUUUUAAUGUUUGAAGAUGAAUGUAACCCUAGUGAGCCUGGAGGCAUUACUACUAAAAGCUACGCACGAAUCCCUGCCAUGUCCGGACGCUCCAGCAUUGGAGGCAUUCUGCAGUGUGAUGCGAGACUCCUCCGAAGGCCCGCAGUUAGCAGCUCAGACACUAUCACAUCGCAUCCACACACAAAACGCCCGAGAGGCACUGCUAGCGCUCUCAACCGUAGACCGCUGUAUGCGCAAAUGCGGGCCGGCUUUUCAUGCGGAAAUUGGUAAAUUUAGGUUCCUGAAUGAAAUGAUAAAACUAGUGUCGCCUAAAUACUUUGCUAAUAGGACAGCACCUGAGGUUCAAACUAAGGUACUCCAGCUACUUCAUGCUUGGUCAAUUGAAUUCCCCAAGGAAUCUAAAUUUAAGGUGGCAUAUGAAAUGUUGAAAAACCAAGGGGUGGUAAAAGAAACUCCUCCACCCCUGCCCCCAGAAGAUGUGGUGGUUAGCCCUCGGAAUAAGAAUGCCAUAUUUGAGGAUGAGGAAAAAUCUAAGCUGCUACAGAAACUGCUGCAGAGCAAGAAGCCCGAGGAUUUACAGCAUGCUAAUAGGCUCAUUAAGAGUAUGGUCAGAGAAGAGGAGCGACGUACUGAGGCGAACUUCCGGCGGGCUCACGAGGUAGCGUGCGCGCUGGACAGCGCCGGACUACUGCGGGACAUGCUGCGGCACGCGAACGCCGCCACGCCCGACGAGUUACAGCUCAUCCGCGAGCUGUUCGCGCGCUGCGCCCGCCUGCGGCCGACGCUGCAGCGCCUCGCGGCCGCCACCACCAGCCAGGACAACCUGGAUGAUAUAUUAAGUUCAAUUGAUCUCUUAGACGAAGUGGGCGAGCAAUACAAACUGUGCAUGCAGCAACAAACCAAAAAAGAUCCAGACAAGCCCACCAACGAUAGUCUACUAGACUUCGCCGGGGCUGCAACAGAUGAUAAGCCCAAUGUAAUUCAAAGCCCGGCUAUAGAUGAGCUCGGGGAUAUAUUUUCUGCAAAAGAUGGACCCAGCAAUAUCGCUGAGCCGUUGAAACCAGUGAAUCUUAUGUCUAAUGGGAAGGAUAGUGAUGACGUCGAUCUCCUCGGAGAGAAAACCGCCAAAACGGAAGGAUGGAACGAGCUGGACUCACUCGGAGCGCAACUUCUUCGACAGUCUUUACCCGACAGCGCGAAACGACUUGACAAUUUUAACAGUAAACCAGUGAAAAAGGUCCCCAUGAACGAAUUAGAAAAGCUCUCACCAAAGCAAAGCGAAUUACCAAAGAACGGCGUUUUCGACUUAGACUUCUUUACCAAAAAACCAGAAAACAAACCCAGUCCUAUAGAAAUCAAAAAUAGCACAGAAGACAUUCCUCUAAGUCCCAAUGACGAUGUUAUGGUAGAUAUAUCAGAGAAUGCUUGUGCUCAAGAAGAAAUUAAGAAGCCAUAUGAAUUAAAAAGUCCAGCAACUAAAGAUACAAUGACAGUAGAGCCGUUAACAGAUGUAUACAUAGAUUUGGGGAGUGUCACACCGAGUCAGGUGCCUUCGAUGGUUGCUUUUAAAGAGGAAGCCGGAGUGACGGUGAUGUUGGAGUUCUGUAAGGACAAUCCGAGGAAAGAUGUUAGUGUGGUUGUGGUGGUGACUACUAAUAACAGCCAUCAUGAGAUUGACGAUUAUAAGUUCCAGCCCGUGGUGCCAAAGGGUUGCAAAGUCCGCCUCCUCCAACCCUCCGGCACGUCUCUGCCCCGCUACAACCCGUACGAGACGCCAUCUUUGAAACAAGUCAUGCUGAUCGCCCGCCCCGCCUCCAACCCGCCCGUGAACCUCAAGUUCGUCAUCACCUAUUCUUCUCAAGACGAGCCCUGCUCUGAGAUCGGCGAGGUCGCUAGGCUGCCACUUGACGAGAUAUAAUAGUUUCUGUCUUAAGGUAUAAGUUGGAACCCGGGGACGUGUCAUGUCGCUGUGUUAAUUUUGAACCCGACUGCAGAACGGUAGCACCAUAUGAAGUUGGUUCUGAGUGAGAGCGAGAUAAUCUGGAGUCGUCGCUUGGCAACGCGUCGCUGUCUUCGUGCCCCGUACUUCGGGUCGUUUUGUUUUUUCAUAGAUCGUCUGUCUGCAGUCGCGACACGUCGCCGGGUUCCAACUUGUACCUUUACGGUUAAACUAGGGACCAUACAUUCAAACUGGAGGGUGCACAUAGGCCAGAGGUUCCUGAACUGUUUGAACAUGUUAAGGGUCACACACACUACAAACAAGUUUGGGAAUCUCUGGUUUAUUUCGUUGGCGCACGAUCAAAUGACCCUUUGAUGGCCAACGACGUCAACUGGCGCGCGCGUGGCCGUUUUUGUGAAUAUUUGAAGUGCUCUAGCGCCUUAAAAGCCAAAAAUAUAAAAAAAAGCAAAACAUUGCGACAUAGAUAUUAAUAAUAAUAAUCUGUGUUGAAAAAAUCAAUCCUCUAGCUUCAAAAACCACGAAGGAAACAGGUCAUUCAACGUACCUAAUUCGCGCUUCAACGGGAUGGCCUGGAUGUCGUUUGAGUGUAAGGUCCUUGGCUUAAACCAUUGCAAACGAAUACUAAAACGUACCUGGAGACAGACCCAGCUAACUCGGCACCGAUUUUGAUAGCAAUCUCUGACUGUGCAAUCAAACUUGCUGCCGAGUUAGCUUUGUCUGACUAGACGUGUAAAGUGUUAGAGGAUAUAACCAAACGGAGACGCCUUGUUUGUAAUUUUCUGUACAAAAAAUGCCGAUUUUUGCGUGGAAGGGGCACGUCAAGUGUACACGCAACGUACAAAUAGCCAUGUCAGAUAAACGUCAGUCCAUACAUUGUUUAUGACGGCCGACAAUUUUCGACAGAGGGGAACGCCUGUUAAUGGCUACUCCGUUUGGUUAUAUCCUCUAAGUGUAAAGAAGUGCAAAAUAUUUUAACCGCAAUUUUGACAGAUGAUAUUGAUGUUGCAGUAGUGUGCUACACACACACACUUACAUAAACAUACAUUUUGUCAAAACGUUACCGUUUGACAACUUAGUUACAGUCAAAUGUACGGUCUUACCUUACCGAGCCAUCUAUUUUGUAAAUUUUAUUAAUAUUUUGCACUACUUUACGCGUCUAUAACUUUGUGUGUAAGAUUACGCUUCAGGCUUAUUUCGAUUCAAUUAAGCUUUCAAAUAUCAUUGCGUUUAUCUUUCUAGAUAAAUGAAUAAUAAGCCAUUAAAAAAAACAGAGAGAAAUAACGCAUUCAUGACGCAUUCGAAGUUCAGCUUUUAGAUAUAAAAAAAUCCCCUAUUAAUAUGUAAGCAAAUAAAGACAAACAAUUACAUUGUUUGAUAAGUUACAUUAUUUAAAAUUGAUGAUUAUGAUCUGAUUAUUGUUUAAACUAAGCUUAACAUAUUUACUUAUGAGAUGACUUAUUAUUCUUAUUAACUACACUAUUUUAAUCUUUUUUAUUUGCAAUAUGUUAUGGUCUCAAUUUAUUUUAAGUUUAUAAUACUUUGGUAAAAAGUUUAAAUAUCGAAGUCUUCAAGUCAUUAGGCAGAUCAGGCGUACGCAAUUUUUUUUUCUUUUAUUCGUCCUUCUGGACAGGCUAAGACAAGGGCGUACGCUAAAAGAGCACAUUAAAAUGCGUUAAUCCAUAGAUGGUAGGAUCCUAUAGAUGAGCUAUACGCGACUACGCGUGCGUCCGUGACACUCCGUGAACAUACGCAAGCGACAAAAUGAUUGGUCGGGUUAUUUGUUGCCCACCAUAAACCAUACUAUAUUUACGGUGGCUAAUAAACAAACAUAGCGCUUUCUCUGCUACUCCUACUGAAAGAUACAUAACACUAUCCCGAUCUAUUGUUCCCCUCACCACUCAUGCCCAAUUUACAAAUUGUAGAAGUAGUGUAAAGUGUAAGAAGAGAUCUCCUCGCAGUUGACAGCCGAACUAUACAGGGUGGCUAAAAAACAAGUGCAUUCCCGUUGCCAGGGAAGUUUUGGGACUUUUGGGAUUAUACUGAGCAACUUUCUCUAUGGGACCAACCACGAAAUCGCGAAAAAAAAAUUACCCUCCCAUAGAAAAUGGACCAGUCCAAAAUGUAUGAAACAGCCAAUUUUUUUUUAAAUCCCUAGCGUAGCGAGGAAAGGCCCUAUGAAGAAAUUAUAUCACCUAUGAGGAAAUUAUUGUUUCAAAAUAUUAUUUAAGCUAAAAAAAAAGUAUACUAUACUGGCUAUAAAAUGUCCUAGAGCAGAAAAGUGUAACUUUGAUCCCUUCUAGCAGGGAAGAAAAAGCCCGAAAAACAUCUGUAGUACUAUUCUGGUCGGUGGUGCUCUUUUAGCGUUGUCUGUCCCCUUAUUCAUCUUUGGUGGUGGGAACACAGUAGUGUUUAGUGGGCGUACAUUAUUGAGUGAGAGAAUAUUUUAAAUAUUUUUAUAUUUUGUUCUAGUCGAAAUUCCAUUGAAAUUUUGCACUUAUGACAUUCCAAACAUGACUGUACUUAUAAUUAUUGUGUUUUUAUAUUCCAGAAAGCAUUUAUGUAUGUGCUUUAUAAUUAUUAUUAAAGAUCGGGUAGCAGUAUAAGUGUAAUACGAGUUAUUAAUUUAAGAUAACUACCUAUUGGUUUUAUUUAUUUACAAUAUAUUUUGACUAGAAACUCUUAGCUUAAAAAUUAUCUGUGUAUUUUUUUUUCCUAUUAAUGUAAUGUAGUUGGGAUAAAUAUUUAACUGUUCGGUUAUUUCUUCCAAACCGCUUUUGAGUACGUUACCCAAGAUACCUUUUGAUAACAUUAACAUAUUUUCGGUAGAGCAAGUUUCUGGUUAAAAUCCUAUUAUUACUUUGUUUAGUAACUAAAUAUACACAAUGAGACAUUACUUAGCUGCAUACGUUAGAAGUCUCCUUAUAUUCCUAUAUUGACAAAUAUAAAUAUGUUGAAUCUCUGACCAAAUCUGCAGCUGGACGAUAAGGCGUCCUCUCUAAGGUCAAGCGGUACUUCACACCGGGACAGCUUCUUCAGCUUUACGUAGCUCAAGUCCGGUCGUGUAUGGAAUACUGCAGCCACCUUUGGGAUGGAUCCGCCAAAUAUUAGCUAGCCGCCUUAUUAGAUUCCAUAGACAAACGCGCUAGGAAGCUUAUUGGUAGAGGCUAGACUACAGAGCCUCGAACACCGUAGAAAAGUAGCUUGUUUAUCGGUAUUCUACAGGAUACAUUUCGGAGAGUGUGCGAUGGGAUUACAUAAUCUAAUCCCCCCAUCUCCAUUCUGCCACCGUGGGACUAGACGCGGCCUUGCGUUUCACCCUUACGUCGUUACUGUGCCACUGAUUCGUACUAAACGCUAUGCAUCCAGCCAGUGUUGGCCGUACGUUAAUUGCAAUUAACCAUUAACCAGUACAAAUUGAACCGUGACGGACGGUUACAGUUUACGGUUCAAUUGGUACUUAUGGUUGAUUGCAACGUUUCGGCCAACACUGCAUCCAGCUUUAUCAUGCUAACGGCUAAGGAGUGGAAUUCACUUCCUGCAAAUCUAUUCCCAGUCUACUAUAACUUGGAUCAGACAGAUCUUUUAGGUAAGCAUGUUCCAUCCUAGACUGCAUCGUCACUUACCAUCAGGUGAGAUUGUGGUCAAAUAAAGAGUGUUCUUAUCUUAUAAAAUUUGCAGGGUAAACUACCCGAUUAUUGGCACUAAAAUUAUCUACCAGGCAACUUAUUUUUUUAGGAAAGCCACCACUGCUACCUUAAAAUAAGGUUGAAGGUGCCAAGUGCCAACCAAUGUUGAGAUGCCGACAAUAGAGACGUUUACCCUACAUGUUCUGUUUUGUCACAAAGGUAUUUAUUUUAGUGCCGUCUAAAUAAGAAUAUUUGUUAUAUGCUGGAGGUUAUAGGUAUCUUAUUUGAGCAGUUAGUUUUAUAUAAUGAGGACUGUGAGUUAUAUUAUAUCUUGAUUUAAAAUAAAUGUAUUGAAAUAU